GAGAUAGGGAAUAGCUACGUGUGAGGAGGAACAAGCGAGUGAUGAGAGGUAGGCACGGAGGAAGGAAGCUGCGCAGAAUGCCUCUGUGGCCACUCGCCCGGCAUACGUGUGGUGCGCGUCGCAGCGGCGCGCGGUAACUGGACGGCAAGGGCGACGACUUGGAGAUCGUCGACCCCCUCGCCGCACCGGGCGGGCAAUAUAUGCCUCCUAGUCCUAGCUAGGCCUAGCUAGCCUGCGUGGUUCCCUCCCACUGCUUCGCUAAUUAAUUCCUUUGGUGCUCGCGCGCUAGCUGCACCCUGCAGGACGGUGACGAAGCCCGGCCGCUACGAAGGAAAUGAAUACAACCAUGGAAGCACAAGUAUGCAAAAACUACACGGAGCGUUGGGUCAACAAUAAUCUAGAACCAAGGAAGAGUGUAGACCGCGUGGAAGAUUUUGUCAUCAUCGCGGCUGUGUUUAUGAUCGCCCUUGCCAUUCUCUCGCCCAGGAGGCGUCAAUCUCGGAGCAUCAUUAUAAGAUAUGGAGUGGGCGGAGUGUUUAUAUUAUCCUUCCCACUUCUCUCCUACACUGUGGGACUGAUGCAGGCGGGGAAAAUUAAAAACGAGUUGUACCCGGUGUGGGCAAUGUUUCUGGCCAUGCUUUUUGGAGGCACCAGCUCAAUGUCUGUCCAGAAGCUCGAUCAAAACAAACAACUCAUGAAGCUCUACUGUGAUUGUGCCUUGUUCUCGACGUGCGCUGGCAUGGUAUUAAGUGGUUUUAUUUAUACAUUCGGUAUGAAGCAUAGUUCCAGUCGCCUUGUUCCUUUCAUUGGUUGCUUGUACGUCGUGGGAUUUCUGUUGGGAAUUAAAACGGCUGAGCAGUGGGGUGCUGCAUCGUUAGCAAGCAAACCAUCAUCGGACAAUGGCAUCAAGUGGCUGGCCCGCUACAUGAAGGGUGAGCACAAACUCAGCACAUCCUACGACCCUCGUACCAUGCAGGGAUACAAGUACCCGGUUCUAAUCCAUUCUGGGCGGGCAACAAUUGGAGAAAAUGCAAUAACACCGGAUAACAUUUGGUGUGACAACAUCGGUAUCUUGUCAUCUUACUAUAGACCUCCUAUCCGUCGUCUCAAGGAUCUGUGUCUCUCAUUCGCAUUGUUCCAUCUUGUGGUUCGGCGAUACUUUGGCUACACUUGUCCUGAAUCUGGGCUUGACAAGACUCGUGAUCUUGUUCUUGAUGGGCUAUUGCAAACAGAACAGGACUAUGAAAGAGCAUUUCAAGUGAUUGAAGCAGAGUUGGCUUUCCUCUAUGAUUUCUUCUUCACCAAAUAUGCCUCCAUAAUGUAUGGCAACGAGCUAAGGUAUUAUGCUCUUUCACUCACCCUCACAUUGGUCAGUAUAGCAGUUGGUGCAUGGUCUCUUAGUGUUUUGAACCGGCACGGCUCUAUUUUGGAUAGUCGUUUUGUAGAAACCAGCACACAAGAUGUCCUGGUUACCGUACUAGCGUUGGCUGCACUGUCGGUAUCUCAGUUCCUGCAGAUAUGGUCUUACUGUGUCUCUGACUGGGCAAAAAUAUCCCGGUUGAAGCAUCUCCUUCCAACUGAGAAAGCAGGCAAGCCUGUGGAGUUGCCAAUGCAAGUGAAGAGGGCAGUGGCACGGACUAUCAAAAACUCAACAAACGGCCAUCUUUCACAUGGAACCUCCGCACUAAUGAGACACGGCAUGAGUGAUGAACUAUGCGGUGCAUGCCAGAUCAACGAUGAAUAUACACUGACCGACAACAUACUGGCAUGGCAUGUUGCGACUAGCUUCUGUGAGAUCUCGGAUACAAUCAAACGCCCACACGAUGUGCACCCGAAUCAAGUUGUCGCCACUGUCUUGUCCAAGUAUUGUACCUACUUGGUCGCCUUUGCACCAACGUUGCUUCCAGGCAGUGCACCAGAAACAAAGUGUGCUCUCGAUGAGAUGGUAAAAGAAGCCAAAGAAAUGUUACAUGAUCUCGUCUCUCCAAGGGAAAAGUAUGAAAAGCUUAGUGAACUAGAGUAUGUCGUAGGUAGUGGAAGAAAAUUGUUCACCUAUGGUGCUGUGCUGGGGAAAGCGCUGGAGAGCAUGGACAAUCAUGCGAACCGGUGGGACCUAUUGGCAGAUUUCUGGGCCGAGAUGAUGGUGUAUAUCGCCCCAUCUAACAAUGUAGCUGGUCACAUAGAACUUCUUGCGGAAGGAGGCGAGUUUGUGACUCACGUCUGGGCUUUGCUCAUGCAUGCUGGUAUUCUGGAGCGUCCCAGUACUACAAUCCCCUAGACCAAGGUCUGAAGGCGAGGCUGCAAGGAGCUACACUCAGUCUAUGUGUAUCCAUCACAACUUGUAUAUUUAAGGCUUUGCGUUUAUGAUGACUUUGCGCUUGUUGAUUUGGUGUAAUAUUGUGAUUAUGUGUUGUAUUUCCUGUCUGAAACUCUAUAAUCUGGUGUACGCUUGUACUACUAAUGCUACCAUACUACCAUGUGGCUUGGUUAUGUA